UGGCACCACCCCAGUAAAAAAUAUGAAAAUCCGUCUAUGGACUGGUCCCUUAUGGCUUUAGCAGUCGUUUGCAUAUGCCAGAAUGACAAUCGUAUAUGACUAGUUGUAUCUUAAUAGGAGAAUAUUGUUUGCCGCUAGUUCAAGGUAUCAUUGUGAGUUCAUUUAUUGACUGUACUAUACUUCAUCUUUGAUAUUUCUGUACUUGUUUGUCAGGUGUUACUCUGAGUGUGCGUCCACACCAGGCAAGCUGAAAAGUUUGCCUGACUACUGUGGGAAUUAUCAAAACUGUGACUUGUCUGGUGUGGAUGCACUCUCAGAGUAACACCACAAACAUUGUAUUCACCUGAGUACAUAACACCAACACACACAAAAAAGUAUCAUUUCUGUACUUAUUUUGUAGGUUUUGGGUAAUUCAAAAGUUUUAAAACAAAAAGUUCCCAAAGGCAUUUAUUUAUAUGGAAGUGUAGGUAAGUUUGGAUCUGGUUUAGAUAGCUUAUAAGCAUUAUGGGGCAACAGAUCAUGGACACAAAAAUAUAUAUAGGAGAGAGAAAAAAUAUAAUACUUUAUUUCCUCAGGUUGUGGAAAGACAAUGUUGAUGGAUAUGUUUUAUGAAAAUGUUCAGUUGGAAAGUAAACAAAGAAUUCAUUUUAAUGCUUUUAUGAUGGAUGUUCACAGUCGUAAGUGUUAAAAUCUCUGAUGGGUUAUUUGUAAGGGAUUAUUUGUCAACAGAUCUAACAGAUUUUGUCAUAUCAACUUUUCCUCAAUGGAGAGAGGGGUACUUUAUUGACCUGCAUAUUAGGCCUUGUUUUUCUUUUUGGCAGGAGAGGGAUUGAGCUAGAGGCAUGGCAUGGAGCCUGUGUUGGGUUAAAGCUUUAUUAUUCAAAUUAAAUGUGUUACCAUAGUUUUGAGGACUAUCAGUCCCUAAUGCUGUCCUUUACAAAACUAGGAAAGCAAUUUACAGCUCUUGCAAAAUGCAUUGUCUGAAAACUUAUUUAUCACCUUCAAUGAAACCAUGGGGGAGUGUUUUACCACUCUGCUGCUUUAUACUACUGUAAAUUUCUGAUAUCUUAUGAUAUCAAUCCCCUUAAUUAACAAACCUGGGGAGCAACUUAUCACCCUGUUGCUUCAUACAGAAUCUAUACAAACAUUUGAUCUUUAUUUUUCAGGUGUUCAUAAGUUCAAGAGUACAUUACCACCAAGAGAUAGAACAAAAAAUAAAUCUCAACCUGUGGAUCCCAUUCCACCAAUAGCAACUGAGAUCAGUGAGGAGUCCAUGCUCCUGUGUUUUGACGAGUUUCAGGUGAGAGCCACACCUGAUGUCCUGAUGCUCAACCCUCUUAAGUUCUAAAUACUUGUUACAGUUUUGUGUGAAAGUUAAUUACAGAUGUUGUUAUGUUUGAUCUUUAGGUGACUGAUAUAGCUGAUGCAAUGAUUCUUCGUCGUUUGUUCACAGCCUUAUUUGAAAAUGGUGUGGUGGUCAUAGCAACAUCAAACAGAGCACCUGAUGGUAAUGCACCUCAAAUUGAAUCUUACAUUACAUUUUACAGUAAUACAAAUCAUUAAAAAUUUGCAUAUCAUGACAAGUUGCUUUGUGAGUGAUAAGAAGAGUGCUCUUUUCCCUUGUAGAAAACUACAGUCUUUUUUGAAUUUUUUUUCAUGAAAAUUCUUACCAAGUUAACUGACUCUCAUAAUUAUGGACCUGAUGUGCUUCGUGUUCUAGUUUAAAUGCCCAAUACAACCAAAUCUUAUCAAAAACACAUUUCUUUAGAUCUGUAUAAAAAUGGACUUCAAAGAAGCAAUUUUGUGCCUUUUAUACCAAUUUUGAAGGUAUUUACCAAAAUAUACAAAGACAAUUAAAGUUUUGCUCAUGACGUUUUCUGCAUUGCAUUACAGUAAUUGGGUAAAAUCUGUUUAAAUAUUUUUGACAGGAUAGAUGUGAAGUAAUUUGUCUUGAUUCAGCAGUUGACUAUCGUCGAUUAGGUGUGUAUAGAAUUAUUCUGCGUAUACAGUAGCUAUUCUGGUUAUAUUACUGUUCUGGAGUGUUUGGAUAACAUUUCCUUCUAAUUGGUAAUUGUUACAAAAAUUUAUUCUAAUUCUUUUUAGAUUUGAAAUAUGAAGAAAACGUGUACUUCAGGUUAGAUCUCCUUUCUUUCAAUAUAUCUGAAGAGAUUCCUGGUCGAAAAAUGUAAUUUUUGUAUUUAGUUCUUCAGAUGAACAGUCAGAUGUUGAACUGGAUAAAAUUUUUGGUAGAAUUGCAGAACAACAAAAGAAAGGUACAACCUGCAGCUUUUAUUUUUGACAAUUUCACCGCAAGUGUAAGUAAGACGCUAUACGUAUAUAGUCAAAUUUUGGAUCUGAGUCAUACACACAUAAAAACGCACAAGUUGUUACAGGUCUGCAAACAAGAUGUUACAAAUCUGUUCACAAGCUGUCAUUAACAUUUAACAAGUUGUCUUCGCACUGCUUGUUCCCAGUUGUUGGAACAAGUUUGGAACAAGUAGUUAACAACUUGUACCAAGCUUGAUGGCAUUAUCAGACUUGUAGCAAAGUUGUUCUAACAAGUCUGGAUAUAACAAGAAUGUUACAAGGUUGAUGACACAAGGUUGUAACAAUAUUGUUAUAUCAUGACUGUAUGGGACUUGUUGGAACAACCUUGCAAUGCAACAAGUCUGAUAAUAUCAACAAGGUUGUUACAAGUUGUUAACAGUUGGCAAACUGGCAAACUUGUUGACAACUUGCGACAAGCAGUGCGAAGACAACUUGUUGACAAACUUGUUACAAGAUGUGAGACUUUUGCGUGUGUAUGUGGUGGCCUUAUCCGUAGUUGGCUCAAGAAUCCAGACAACGGAUAGCUUAUGUCAUGUUGUGCCAAUGCUUGCGUUGUAGUAAAAUGAGGCUUAACUAUUGCAAGUGCAAGUACUUUGGAAAGAAACUUAGGAUGAAAAGUUUUUAUUUCAGUUGAUCGUCAUUGCCAUGAAGGAGCACGUGAUCUUCGUGUACUUGGACGAACUUUACACGUGCCCAACAGCUGUGGUAGAUUGGCUGACUUUACGUUUUCUCAGCUUUGUGAACAGGUAUGGGUUUCUUCCUUGGAGCUUUGUUACUCAAUUUCUCAAUUCAUCAAUCUUUGGUAAUUUUUGCCCCACCCUCAGAUGCGAUUCCCGGGUAUAAAACUUAGCUCACUACCCUCUACACUUCUUUCAGCCACUAGCAGCAAGUGAUUACAUCACAUUAUGUAAAAAUUUCGACACGAUCAUUGUACGCGGAAUUCCUGUGAUGAACUUACAACGACGAACUGAAGCAAGACGUUUUAUUACUAUGAUAGAUACGUUUUAUGACAAUAAGGUAAGCAAGUGGUUAAACAUUUGAACACUCAGGCAAGUCAUUCCCAUACUAGGAAAUAAUAUUUUUGUUUCUAGGAUCCUAUAUGCAUGUUGGGGUCAAAGUUCCUAUAAUUAUAAAAAAAUUUCUGUGCCUGUUAGCAUUAUGCAAUCCGUAAAAUUUUUGCCACCAAGGCCAAGUCUGAAAGUCAUAGUUGCCAAGAUCCAGCAUUAUUUCCUGCUACGAUCGAUCAUUGCUACACUAUUUUCAGUUGCGAUCCUCAUAUUUCGUGUUUGUUAUUGAAGGUGAGAAUCAUCUGUUCUGCUCAAGCUGUUCCUCAAUAUUUAUUUGAAACAUCACCUGUAUCAAACAGCCAAGUGGAAGACCAGAGAGCGUUGAUGGACGAUUUAGGAAUUGCUGAGGUAUUUACUGCACUGAUGUACUCUGUUAGACUAGUACGAUCCUGGCACUCCACCAGCAACUGUAAUAUUCCUCGAGAUCCAGUAAAGAUCAUCCAUUAUUGAUCCAGUGUUACUACAGGAGAAAACCUAAACUAAACAAACUUUAUUUAUACUGGAUAGCUCUAUCAGUUCUAAACUGUUCUCCCUAGAGGUCCAGUAAGGAUCAUCUCUUAUUGAUCCAGUGUUACUACAGGAGGAAACCUAAACUAAACUAACUUUAUUUAUACUGGAUAGUUCUAUCAGUUCUAAACUUUUCUCCCUAGAGGUCCAGUAAGGGUCAUCUCGUAUUGAUCCAGUGUUACUACAUGUGGAAACCUAAGCUUUAUUUAACCGUAAUCACAAGUCGAGGUACUCUUCUUAUAUACGAUUGAGAGUUGAGACCUUUGUGAAACAUUGUUUAGAACGAGGGUGCAAGUCUGAGUAUGUUUACUGCUGAGGAAGAACUGUUUGCAUUUGAUCGCACAAUAUCGAGGAUGACGGAGAUGCAGACGAGACAAUACUGGGACAGUGGGUAUGUUAGAGAUAUGAAAGCCAGCUGAAAUACGGUAUUUUAUUUAUUAGGAAAUAUUUUAUAUAUAUUCAUUGUUCUCGCAAGCCUAGCAAAAAAAUGGAAGGUGCAACGGUAUUUUAUUACGUGUAUUACAAAGUAUUUUAUAUAUUUUCCUUCCGACUAAACUGUGAAGUUCCAAUGUAUGAGAAAGAAGUAAAAUUGCAAAGAUCUGUACAAAAAAAACCCACCUCAGACAGAAAUAAGAGAAACAUAACUGAACAGAUAUAACAUUGAAGGAGCUGACGACCUGUUUGCUUCUUAAGUAUUUAAUUUUAAAUUUAAGUUAUUCAAUUUUCGCUAGAAACAAUAAAAAUAACAAAUAUAGUAAUGAAGGCUUGUCGGAAAACCACAACAACGCGCAUAGUCUGAAUCACAAUCGCGCCCUGAUCACAAUCGCGUCUACACUGCAUGGGUAAAAAAUCAAUUAAACUCGAACGGUCUGUGCCAGCUUAGGUACUGUAUCCAGGCAUCCUCGUUCCCAGGGCUUCUCGGCUGCCUGGUAUCCAGGUGAUCUGACGAUUAGCAAAAGGACUGGGACUAGCAACAGAAUAGAAAUCCAGUUUCGUACCUUUAAUCAUUUGUGACGCCCCGAUUAUUUUGUGAAACUGUUUGAAACUUCGUGUCUGUGUCUUGCACAGGGAAAUGAAUAUCUGAGACAAAUUUGAGAUAGAAAUCUAAUACGGUUAAUGAGUAAUUUUAAACCAGAAAUGGAUAUCUACUUUACAACUAGUGCCAGGCCUUUUCCGAGAUCACCUGGAUAGUGACUGCGGAUUAACAGAGAUUCAACUAUACGCGAACAAUACGUACAAGUAGAACGUUUACGUCUGGUAGUUAGUAUAGAAAUUGCGGCUAACUUAACGACGAAGGGCCUUCGGUCGAAGUUUUACUUGUAUUUUACAGGUAGUUGAAUCUCUAUUGUAUUGAUUCUAUUUACCCACAAAAAAUAUUUACAAGUUGAACGUUAACGGGCUAGAGACCUCUGGAAAUCCUGUUGGACUUUUAUGACAACAAUUCAGGACUACCAAUUCGCAGUCUUCUAAAAAGUCAAUUACUAAAAACAACACGUUGUGAAUGAGUGUAUAUGGGUUAGAGUUAUUGGACUAAGUGUAUAGCCAGACAGGUGCACAGAGAUAUGCAGUAAUAGAGGUCAAGAAAUAAGGGGAUAAAAAUCAAUCACGUGGUCAUUAUAAUAUAGUGUAUCACUGUAUACAAUAUUGUUAGGGUAUAUAUCAAUUUAUUAAGUUUACUAGGAAUAUUUACAACACGCUAUCUACACUAAAAUUAUGUAUGAAUGUGAACUCAACAUGAAACGUUUUAAAAGGCAUCCUAUUGUAAGAAAAUAUAUUACAUAUGAACUGUAUUCUAACGACAUGCAUUCAGAGUUCCAGAGUAUUCUCACACCAUGACUCGCCUUCUAUUUUACAAGAGGAUUCCUACAAAAUAAGACCAAUUCGUUAGUCUGA